AUGAUCGAGCACCUCAAGAGCGUCAGCGACGCUCCAGGGCUGUUCCUGAUAGUUCGUUUGUCGAUGGGGUCCUCGACCGAGAUAGAUUACGCCGAGCAUCCCAACCUGGGCCCGCUGGUGGCCACUUGUGCAGAUAUCAUGAAGGCAUGUGUCAGAGUGGUCAGGGAGGCAGGGGGUUCAAAGCAGGUCUGUCCAUCUGCGCCGGUGGGCUUCGACGUCCUCUACGCGUCGGCUAUAUAUGACUUGGGGGCGCGGGCGCUCGAGCAUGGAUAUGCCGACAUCGGGACCCCCUUAUUCAACAUCGUCUUCCGGCGCCUGACCCGGGGCCAGACGGAUGCGCUGUUCCUUGAGCACUUCUUCCUGCGCCGCGGGCGCGACGGCUUCCAGGCAAGCCCCCGCCCCGCCAGCGCCUCGCUCAGCUCCUCGCAGACGUCGAGACUGUAUCGCGUCGAGGGCAAAGGGCUCGACGGGUAUCGAGACGCCGCAGGGCGGCUGGCCCUCGGCGUCAGGGCUCUAGCCGACAGAGUUCGCGGCGGUGGCGAUGCUGAUGUGGCCAUGGAGGAGGGCGAGCCGAAGGAUGCGAGAGUCCGAGCUCGCAUAGGAGAUGAGAGAGACGCGCAAUUUCCCGGGCCCCCGCUGGAUAUGACCAGCGAUGCCUUUGCAGCCAUCAGCCCCCCCGCUUGCGCGCUGCUGAUCCCGGGGGGCAUUGCGAGCGAGAGCCCAGGCGACCAGGUCGGCAAGGAGACGCUCGACGCGAUCUGGGGUGGGGUCGCCGGCGGGGAUGCCGCCAGGGACGCUGCCCCAGACCAGCUCGCGGCGCUGGCCGAGCCGCCGCCGCGCGAGCCGUCUCCGGACAGGAGCGGCUGGACGGCCGAGGAUUACGCACGCGAGAGCAAGAGCAAGGGCGACGCCGCGUUCAAGAAAGGCGACUGGCGUGACGCCACCAUCUUCUACACGCGCGCCAUAGACCGCACUCCGAACGACGAGAAGCUUUACUCAAACAGGUCGGCCUCCCUCCUGAAGCAGCGGAAGUUCGACAGGGCCCUCGAGGAUGCCAGGAGGUGCGCCUCGCUCAGCGCCAACUGGCCGAAGGCCUACUUCCGGCAGGGCCAGGCGUUGCGGGGGCUGCUGCAGUUCGACGACGCGGUCCUGGCUUUCAGGGAGGGCAAGUUCAGGGAUGCCGCCAACCCGGACUGGGACAAGGAGCUCGAGAAGACGGAGCAGGAGAGGCAGAGGUGGGAGGAGAAAACGAGGGCGGAGCGAAGGCAGAAACGCGAGGCCGACAUGACGACCGAACUCAACGAGGAAGGGCCGCCACCGCCGCGGAGUGCAAGGCCCUCGUGCAGGUGGCGGACGAGGCCCUGCGGGUCGGCAAGAGCAGGCAAGAGGCGGCUCAGCUCGCGAUGCAGGGCGCCGAGCUGGCGAAGCAGCGCGCGCACGAGGAGGCCAGCAGGAACCCGGGAAGGGCGCCCUGAUGGUCGAGGGCGACGCGGAGAGCCGGACAUGACCGUCCCGUACCGCGUCGUCCGAGAGGACGGGACCGCGCACACAGGAGCCUCAACCACACGAGCAGGGGCCAGUAUCCGGGGCAUGGUCGCGAUGGCCGCCGAGAUGGCGCCCAGCGACCAGCCCUGGGUCGAGCUCCGGCAUCCGGAGGGGGGCCUGCUCCGCUGGUCGCAGGGCUGCGCCCUUCUGCGGCUCAAGGUCAUCCUUCCAGAGACCGUGAGCAGCGCCUCGGAGCUCAGCGUCGAGGUCAAGACCGGCUCGCUGAGAGUAGGCAUCAGGGGCAGCGCCGACCCCAUCGUCGAGGGGCGCUUCGACGGCAAGGUGGAGCCCGAGGGCGAGAACUUCGCCUGGUACGUAGAUGCAGACGAGAGGCCGCCGGUGCUCGAGAUGUGCCUGGACAAGGCGCUGUCUGAGCUGUACGCCAAGAGCUCCUACACCGAGGUCCUGUGGCUCAGGCUUUUCGACGACGACGCCCUGCUCGGGGCGGGGCUUUUCGACGCCGAUUUGACCGACCUGCCCGCG